AUGACUCUCAAGCGCAAGCGAUCAGAGCCCGAGCUGUGCUCCUCGCCCUCCUCCGUCCUCAGCUCCCCGCCCAGCCUCGGCGGCCGUCCCGUCCCCCCCCACGCCUUCUUCAACAUGCCGCCCGCCCACCUCAACAGUCGAACAUUCAAGCGGAGCCGCGACAACAGACCGCCGGAAGAGCAGGUGCACCAGCACACGUUGGACCUGCUGUACUCGGCGCAGCAGCGGCACCACCAGCACACCAGGCGGGAUGCUCGGGCGCCGUCGCCGUCGCCGUCGCCGUUGCCGUUGCCGCCGGACCGUGCGCGCGCCCACCCGCACGCGCCGAGCAGGCAGGGCUCUCUGCACAGCUUCUGGGACAUAGCUUCGUCGCCGGCCGCGGGCCCGUCGUGCCUGCUGGCUGAGCGGUCGGGUCCUUGCCUGCCUUGCCUGGUGGCCCCGGCGAGCUGCGAGGACUGCGGGGCGGGCCUCGACGGCGCGGAGCCGGAAAGCCUGCCGUGCGGCGCCUGCGGGAAAUGCGUCUGCUUCAGCUGCUCGGUCAGCGAUCUGGGGGAGCGGAAGAGGUGCCUGCAGUGUGCGGGGAGGAAGCCGUGGACGGGGGGGUUCGGCUGCGCCGGUGCUGGCGUGUCUAUUUGCUAG